AUUGUCUCUCUGUCUCUCUCUUCACCUCUUUCCAAAAUCUCGUCUGUAAUUUUUUUUUUUUUUUAAUUUUCAUACAGCUUCUUCAAACCCUCCAAAAUACUCUCAUAAACCCCUUUCUUUCUUGCAAUCUCUUAUCCUCCUCACAACCUCCAACUUAAAAUUACCCCUCGAUAAUAAAUUUAUUACGAUCCUGCCUUCCCCCGCCUUCCCAUCUCUCCGACUUAUUCUCUUUUCUCUCUUCCCAAAAUACCCCUCCGUCGCCUCCUAAAUUACCUUCUCUCAUUUCAACGGCGGGCCGGAUUCAAUCACGAAUCAAGUGAUAGCUCCGAAGACAUUGCCCCUUCUAUUCUUCUAGAAUAUUCUGUUUUCCUUCAAAUUGCUUCUCAAGUUGUUUGCCUGCUGCAUUUGGUUAGAGUUUAGAGCUUUGCAGGCUGUAAAAGUACAGGUUUAUUAUUCAUUUCAAAAGGAUCCAAUGGAGCUGAAAGAUUCAUCGCCUAAGCUUGGUGGUAUUUCUCCUCCUGAUUGCAUGAGUGAUCCUGAGGAGAAAGAAGUCAGUGAUGAGGAUGAUGAUGAUCGCAACCAUAAGCAUCGUAAACGGGAUACACGUUCUCAAUCAUUAGAGAGAGAUUCUUUGGAUCCACUAUUUACAAGGCCAUACAGAAAGCGCAAUAAACCUUUUGAAAAUGGGCAUCCUUUCAGAGAAAAUGAAUCUCAAGCAGGUGAAACCUGGAAAAAUUAUAACAGUUUGCCUCUAGACAAAGAGUUGACAUCCAAGUUUGAUAGAAGACGCCCUGGAUUAGCAUCACUUCCCCGAGGACAUUUGGAUCUGAACCAGAGAAUUAGGUCAAACCAAACAUUCAGUGGAGACUCUGGUCCUGGUAGGGGAAGAGGAAGGGAUAACUCUUCUUGGAAUCAACGUGAUUCUAGGUUCAACUCAGUUGAUAUUGCUACUCAAAUGAUUCACCCAGGAUCCAUUGCUCCAAGUCUUUUUGCAGGAAGGGGAUUGCCAAAUGUUUCAAAUGCACAAAGCCCAUCAUGGAGUGCCUUUGGGCUUAUGCCAGGAAUACCAAAUGGUGGCCUAGAUACACUCCAUCCUAUUGGCUUACAAGGGGCGCUCAGGCCACCAAUGAAUUCUUCGUUGAAUGUGGGCAUUCCUCGCCAACGUUGUAGAGACUUUGAGGAGCGUGGAUUUUGUCUAAGAGGAGACAUGUGCCCAAUGGAGCAUGGUGUCAAUCGUAUUGUUGUUGAAGAUGUUCAGAGUCUGUCACAGUUUAACCUUCCUGUUACAGUUCCAAGUGCACAACUAUUGGCAACACCUGCUGGACCUGGACCACUACCUUCAGGUAUUCCUCCUUCAACCGCUUUGAUGAACAACAAGGGUAUACAUAGCAAAAGUAGCAAGCCUGGAAUGACUAAGGAUGCCUUAGGUUUGAAUGGUGCAUAUACUGGUUCUGCUAGUGCAAGUGGUGCUGAUUUGUAUGAUCCUGAUCAACCCUUGUGGAAUAACAAUGUACCAGAAGCAUCGACUGCACUCUCUGGACCACAUUCACCCAAGAUUGACGAAAUGGAACCCUUGCUAAACAAUGAUAUCUCUGAUCAUCAUCAAGGCAGAUUACGUGAUAGUGCUGAUAAUGAAUUGCCAAUUAGAAGCACUGGGUCACAGGGCACAAAUUUGUCCGUUUGGGGUAGAAUUGGUAGCUCAAGAAGUAGAAUAGACACAAAAGAUAAAAUUGAUCUCACACUCUCGGACUAUCUUGAGAAUGAAACCAAGGAAGAACAAGAAGCAUUUCCUAGCUCUCAAGGCACUUCCCAUCAGGUGAAGCGGAUCAGCAGUGAGGAUGAUGGCUCCAAACUUAUGGAUUCAUCAUUCAAGUCACAGACUGAUAGUUUGCGGAAUAGCAGAAAACCAACUCAAAAGGCACUUCGUACACUGUUUGUCAAUGGGAUUCCCAUGAAAAGCAACAAAAGAGAGGCUCUUCUUUCUCAUUUUCGUAAGUUUGGAGAGGUUAUUGACAUUUAUAUUCCCUUAAAUAGUGAACGGGCCUUCAUCCAGUUUUCAAGGAGGGAAGAGGCAGAAGCUGCUCUGAAGUCACCUGAUGCUGUAAUGGGUAACCGCUUUAUUAAGCUCUGGUGGGCUAAUCGGGAUAGCAUACCUGAUGAUGGCCUAAACAGUGGCAGCAGCUUAUCAGUAAUUUCACGUGGUCUAACAGCUUCUGUUAUUCCAGCUCAGCUUGUUGCUAAUAAAGGAAAGGAUAAUCUUCAACCUGUUGCUCCGAAGAGCAAUGCUGUCCAUGGUGCUGAUGUGCCUUCUCUCAAUUCCCCUAAGUCUGUUAGUAUGAAUGGUCCCAAGAUUCCCCCUCCAUUGCAGAAAAAGAUAGAGACUCUGGAGCAGAUGAAAGAGGAACUACGCAAGAAGCAGGAAAUGCUGGAGCAGAAGCGGAAUGAUUUCCGGCGCCAGUUGGACAAACUUGAGAGACAAUCUAGUGGUGUCAAAGGUGAUCUACUGACUGAGCAAGCUGCUAAGAGGCAAAAAGUGGGAGUUGCAGCUGAUCCUGCAAAAGCUUCAACUGCAAGUUCCUCUGAACCUGGUUGUUCUGCAGCAACACCAUGCACUGUAGCGAUGACAGAUAAGAACAAAUCAACAGAGAAUGUUGUGUCUCACAGUCCAAAGUCGAGUACUGCCAUGCCAUUGCAGGAAUCUAUGAGCUCAAAGCAGCAGUUUUGUCGGUCAGCACCUGUAGGGCAUCCAUUCCUGAUGAAUAAGUACAAAUUGGACAACCGACCUACUGCUUUUAGAGUUAUUCCACCAUUGCCUUCCGGUUUUGCGGAUGUUGAUGUUUUGAAGGAGUACUUCUUACGAUAUGGUGAUCUUUUCUCUGUGGAGCUAGAAGAUGUGGAAAAUGAAGAUGAUGAUAUGGGAUCGGGGGUGUUGGAGAAUUGCUCAGCUCUUAUAACUUACAGCACACACCACUCGGCAGAAAGGGCAUAUGUAAAUGGUAAAUGCUGGCAAGGCAACAAUUUGCAGUUUACAUGGAUGACAUCUAGCAAUUCUAGCAAUGACCCUACUGGCAAAGAAACUUCAUCUUCCAUGCCAAAGGAGCCUUCAGAAGCUGAUGUCCGUACAGAAGAAAAAUUAGCAAGCAGCUCCCAGGAAGUUGUUGCUGCAGGCAAUGGGGAAUCUGAGAAUUCAGAUGGAGAGAGUUUUGUUGAGCAUGUGGAAUUGGCUGAAGUUUCAGACCAUAUUCCAUCCCCAACGGCCAGUGUGAAAGAGUACUAAACGUGACGCAUGUUGAGGAUGAGGGCUGUUUUUGGAUUUGUACAGUGAGAAAAUGCUCAAUCUGUUCACCUCUAAUUUUCAGGAGUCUUUCAUUCUCAAUAGCUGAAAUUUCAUUUUCCAGAAUAUCUUGUUUCAUGCAUGGGAUAUGUAAAAAUGGAAAUUUCUGAUCUUUAAUUGCCACCACUAGGUUAACGGUUACUUGAGUGGCAAACUGUAUCGUCUUUUGAGAUUAGUUUUGUAGGACUGAAAGGGUUAAAAGUAAACAACAUUUCCAAUGAGAUUACUUAAAAUUUACAUGAGAAAUCUAUGGGAACUGAUUCCCAUUUCAGUUUUACGUUGUCUUGCACUUGAACACUUUAUUCUUAAAAAUUCACGUGGUAUUCUGUACUGCAACUAAAUUCCUUGUAACAGAUGCUUUCCAUGUUGAAAUUAUGAAAUAGAAAGCUGUUUCAUUUUUCUCGUGUUGAAAUUUUCAGUUACACUAGCAGCUUGUGCUUUUCCAAUCUCGUCACAUAGCUUUCAAUGAACUAUGGAUUACAUGUUGCAUGUUAGGCUAUCACGUGCAAACCCCACUUUCAGCAUGCUAUCCUGAAGCUCCAUUAACUUGUCCAUAGCACCGGCCUCAAUGAAUGUACUGACAAGAAAAUUGUAGCUUGGAAUUCCUUGGCU